GACUUGUCCGCGUCUGCCUCCCCUCCCCGCCUCUCCCCGGACGUACGCUUCCGCAGCACCGCCCACCAAUCCAACUCUAAUUCGUCCUCCUCCUCAAGGUCGCCGCGCCCAAUGCAGCAACGCCGCGGGGAGAGGGGUACAGAGCUGACGGGAAGGAGAAGGAUUUCGAUCGGGGAAGCAGCGGGUCUAGCCUAGUCUCCGGAGCUCGAAAUCGGUAUAUAAGAACACGCGAGGGAACCCCAUAGAAGAUGGCCGCGCAGCCGCAGGAGGAUAAAUCAGACAGCCCCGGCGCCGGCGCCGGCGGCAGCGCGUGGAGGGAGCAGGAGCAACGGCCGUCCAAGGCAUGGGGAAUCCUCAUCUUCGGCCUCAUCGGCGCCACCACCGCGACCUUCGCGCUCCAGAUUACUCAAGUUCGCAGAAGUGUGGAUUGGUUCUACACUCAGUUGAGUAAAGUGCAGACAACAUCGUCUUGGAGGAAUACAAGUAACAGCUCAAGUCGUGGAAAUUUCAGUGAGGAAGCUAAGAAAAGAUAUUAUCAACGUAUGCAGCAGGAAUAUGAGGAGGAACAAGAGAGAGUUCAAAGAAUAAGGCACAUGCAAAGUGUUUUCAACAGAGAUAGGAAUAAAUUUAGGGGAAGUUAUGAAAGUUGGAGGGAGAAUGGCCCUCCUGGUGGCUACAAUUACAUCCCUCGGGAUGAUUGGUAUUGGCAGACUGAUACGUCUCACUCGGAACAUAAAAAUAGACGGACGUACACUCCGGCAGGACAUAGGGUUUAUCCUAUGUCACAUCAUUAUGCAGUCCUUGGUCUUGACAGGUCACGAGCAACACCAUAUACAGAUGCAGAAGUUAAGACUGCUUUUAGAGCAAAAGCAAUGGAGGUCCAUCCUGAUCAAAAUCAAGAUGACAGAGAGUCUGCAGAACAGUUCAAGGAGGUUGUCAAAUCUUACGAAGCAAUAAAACUGGAGAGAAAAAAUGGGUAAAUUGAUCCAAAUGUCUAAUGUUGUUGGCAAUGUGAGGAAGAGUGGGAUCAGUUGUAACUUGCCCUGUGUACGCAUCAGAGUGGGAUCUGUUGCUGUUGAGGGCCUGUAGCACAAGUUCCAUUGAUGAGCUUGAUGUGUAGACUAGGAUAAUGUCGACUAAGUUACAAAAGAUAUGUUUUUGUUCACUUAGCUAGUGACUAGACGUGCUCACGUGCAUUAACUGGACAAGGGCGAGCAUUUUUGUUGCCACUUGGGUUGAGAAUAUCUAUUCACUUCUGUA